AUGGAAGGGUCAGUACAUCCGACCGAGGGCUGGGAGCGGGUAGGCGACCGCUUCUACCGCAAGACCCAGCUCUACACGGCCGUCUUUGACCAUGACCUCGACCUCAACAACCACAUUGUCGCAGGCGCUCCCUAUGGCGGAGCUGUAGCCAUCUACCGCGACGAGACCAAGAUUGUCUCGUAUCGCGCAGCCAAGUCGUCCAAGCCGGGCAUCGACAUCUACAGCUGCUCCGGCAAGCUGCUCAAGUCGAUCGCCUGGGACCGAGGCUCCAUCAAGGGCCUCGGCUGGUCUGAAGACGAGAAGCUGCUCGUCGUUGGCUACGACGGCACCGUCCGCUGCUACUAUGGCCUGCAAGGCGACUUCACACAGUUUUCUCUUGGCCGCGAGGCCGAGGACUUUGGCGUCAAGUCAUGUCAGUUCUACGAUACCGGCAUGGUCGCUCUUCUGACCAACAACACGCUUGUCUCGGUCCUGUCGUACACUGAGCCGCGGCCAAAGGUGCUCGCAGCAACCCCCGAGGGCGAGGUACACUCGUGGAACAUAAUCCCACCGAAUCACACUCUUUCACGCUCGGUAGAGGUCUUGCUCAGUAUCGGCAAGACAGUAUAUGUCGUUGACACAACAGACUGCGAGGAUCGCUUCCUCGACAUAGGCCCGUUUUCGCAUAUUGGCGUCUCGCCAAACGGCAAGUUCGCUGCUUUGUACUCGGAAGAUGGCAAGGCCCACGUCAUCACUGCCGACUUCCAGAACCGCCUCAGCGAGUACGACUCGAAAUCGCAGAUCAGCCCAAAGUACUUGGAGUGGUGCGGCAACGAUGCCGUCGUGAUUGCAUGGGACGACGAGGUCAACAUCGUGGGCCCGAACGGCGCGACGGCGAGUUAUUUCUACGAAGAUGGCGUCCACGUCAUCACAGAUCUCGAUGGUGUCCGGUUGCUGUCGAAUAAGGUCUGCGACUUCCUGCAGAAAGUCCCGGACGUGACAGACGAUGUGUUUCGAUACGGCACCGAGUCGCCUGCUUCAGUAUUGCUGGAUGCUGUCCAGCAACUCGAGGAGCAGUCGCCCAAGGCCGACGACAAUAUCCAGCUGAUUCGGGGGAGUCUCGUCGAGGCUGUCGACAACUGUGUUGCAGCUGCUGGGCAUGAAUACAACGUGCACUGGCAGAAGCAGCUCCUCAAGGCCGCCUCCUUCGGCAAGUCGGUCCUGGACAUCUACAAUAGCGACGACUUUGUCGACAUGUGCGAGACCCUGAGGGUGCUCAACGCCGUCCGGUUCUUCGAGAUAGGUCUGCCGUUGUCAUACGAGCAAUAUCAGAGGUUGACUCCUGAAGGCUUGAUCCAGAGACUGAUCAACCGCCACGAGUAUCUGCUCGCUCUACGCAUAGCAGGGUACCUGCGACUCCCCACGGACGAGAUAUACGUCCACUGGGCGUCCGCGAAAGUCCGUGUCGGAUCCGAAGACGACGACUCGACGUGCAGGGUCAUCGUUGAUCGCCUCCAAGGAAAGCCAGGAAUUUCGUUCGAGACAAUAGCACAAGCUGCCUACGACGAAGGCCGAGGGAGGCUAGCGACUGAGCUCUUGAACCACGAGCCACGAGCUGGCCGUCAGGUGCCUUUGUUGCUGAGCAUGGAGGAGGACGAGAUAGCCCUGGACAAGGCCAUUGAGAGCGGCGACUCGGAUCUCAUAUUCUUUGUGCUGCUCAAGAUGAAAAAGAAGUUGCCACUGGCGGCCUUCUUCAGAGUCAUCAAUGCUCGCCCUGCCGCGACUGCACUGGUGGAGUCCACAGCCGAGCUGGACAACGAUAACGCCCUGCUCAAGGACUUGUACUACCAGGAUGAUCGCCGAGUUGACGGCGCAAGCGUCUUCAUCCGAGAGUCUCUGACACAGUCGGACGCCCGGACGGCGGGCGACAAGUUGGCGCUCGCGGCGAAGCUGAUGUCUGACUCCAAAGAGACACAUUUUGAGGUACAAGCUCUCAAGGAGGCCGCGACACUAUUGCGCAUGCAGGAAGCCCUGGACCGCGAUCUCACAGACACGUUCACGGGCUUGAGCGUGAAUGAGACGCUGUUCAAGCUCAUCCGCCUGGGCUACCACAACAAGGCCAAGAAGAUACAGAACGAGUUCAAGGUGCCGGAGAAGGUGUCGUGCUGGAUUCGCUUGCGCGCCCUAGUGGCUAAACGCGACUGGAAUGAGAUUGAGGAGAUCUCCAAGACCAAGAAGAGCCCCAUCGGCUGGGAGCCAUACUUUAACCUCACGAUCGGCGCCGGCAACCCCCGUCUCGCUGCGCUCUUCAUCCCUAAGUGUACAGGUCUCGAGCCGGGCCAAUCCAUCACCAUGUAUGAAAAGUGCGGCAUGCGCGUCAAGGCGGCCGAGGAGGCCGUCCGGCUGCGCAACGCUGACGAGUGGUCACGGCUGCUUGACGCCGCGGGGAAAGGCACUCCGGAGGGGAAAGAGAUUGAGAGGUUGGGAGCCCAGGCAUUCAAGAAGUGA